AUGAAUUCCUAUCUGCUGAACAGAGCCCUCGGGUCUGUGAAUCCUAAUGACUUUCACGUCGCCCAAACCGACAGGCUAGUGCACAGCAUCGAACCUGCACCAGGCAUACGCUUCUCCAGUCGCAAAACAACUGCGCCAACAGAUCAGUCCGAAGAUGAUGUGGCACCCUUGGACCAGGAGCUAGGUGCUGCUGCGGAGGUGUUUGCUCACAAGUCUGGUGUUAAUUGUCUUGCCGUGGACCAGUUUGAGGGCCGAUAUAUGAUAUCCGGGGGCGCUGACCCAUCAAUCCACCUCUGGGACCUUGAGACACGAGGCUCAGAACUCGAACACGUACACCAGGCUUGCGCGUCGGUCAGCAAGUCGUCUCACCCUGACGCGCAUACUCACGCACUUACCUCCCUCUCGAUCUACCCGUUCGACCCAGUGCCCUCGACUAUCUUCUCGACGGCACAUGAUGGUACAUUAAAGCUUUCGGCACUACAAUCGCCCGCGAUCACCCCCGUCCAUACAUUCAACCUCGACUGCACACCCUAUUCGCACUCCUUCUCGUCGAACCCAGGAUCCACGUUACUUGUCGCAGUUGGCACGUCCGAACGAUCAGUCCGACUGGUAGACCUCCGAUCCGGACUAUCCACACAAGGACUACCAGGACAUAAUGGAGCGGUCCUAUCAGUGGCAUGGGCUCCCCACCGACCGCAUCUACUGGCAUCCAGCUCCGUAGACAACAGAGUGAUCAUAUUCGACGUCAGACGUGGCGGGCACAAUUCAGCCAUUGCAACUUUGGACAUGGACGACUCAGUUGGCCUAGUGGCCCCAGGGACAGGGACAGUGCCAGUAUCUCACGAGAGUCGUCUGGCAUUCUCCCGUGACGCGCGUGCCCACAACGGGCCCGUGACAGGAGUACGCUGGACGUCUAACGGCAGCCACAUCGUGACAACGGGGCAAGAUGCGCGGAUUCGAGUCUGGGAUGCUGGGACUGGUGCUAACACACUUGUUCAUUUUGGUCCUCGCGUUCGCAAUAGCUCUACGUCUCAUCUGGCGGAGCGGGCACCAUUACUCGUUCCCAAGGGGACUAUGAAUCCAGGUCAUGAGGCUCUACUUUGGUCGAACUUUAAUGAACAGGAUGAUCGUGGGGAGAUCUUCAUGUUCGAACUUCAAGAGGGUACUUUCCUCAAGCGUCUCCGUGUGCCAGGAAUUAUGGCCGGGUCGCAAAACAUGCGUGGACGAUCAAGUGCUCUCAGCGCUGCGCGGGUCAAUGAUCUUGUCUGGCGUGGGAACGGUGGGUCAGGUGAGGGGAUCGAACUAUUCUCUGCGCAUGGCGAUGGGACGAUUCGCAGUUGGGCGUCCCGUGACCCCGACGGUGAACCUGAUGAGGCCGAAACAGCAGCCAACGCCGAUCGCAAGAGGAAGCGAGAUGUGCUGGAUGAGAUCUCCCGAGGAAUCCUGGGAACCGAUCAACCCAGUCUACAAGUGUGA